AUAUCCAUUUGACGCCGCUCAACCCCCGAGCGUCUUCACGACCAACCCUCAUCCUCAUUGCCGUUGCGUCAGCGAGUGCAUUCGGUACCUUCCCAUUCAACCCUGCCUCUCAUUUCCUAUCGUGCGGUGCCCCGUAAAACCAAAUCUGGUGCUGAAAGAUGACUAACAUGCCAUCAGGAUCCAAGCGUGCAUGGGAAGGGAGCGGCGAUUCCGAGCCUCAGAAGCGAGCGCGCGAGCGCGAGGAGACUCGGGAUUGGCGCGAGGUGCACUUGAGAUCGCCCCGGCAUAGGACGCACUCCGGCAGGAGGGAGAGCGCAGAUAGGCGUGACAGUGCGGACAGGCGGUCUCGACAUGACUACCGUGGACGGGGCGGGGAGCAUGAUCGUAGACGAUCCGGCGACUAUGGCAGAGACAGGGAUAGACGAGAGGAGCGAGACAGGGUACGCGAACGUGACUACCACCCGCGCAGGGAAGACGCGCGGAGGGAAGACCUUCGACGGCGUACGCCGCCCCCUGCUCGCGACGGUUACCCGAAGGGGGGAGUAAACGGCCAUUUCCCUACAAAUGGCAAUGGCCAUGCCCAUGUCCACCGAGAUGAUUCGGAAAAGGAAGAAGGCGAGUGAGUGUCAAUUUCACCGAGACAUAGUCCCGAGCCAGCGCCUUCGCAGGCCCCUGACAGCCAAUCAUCUGCACCUGCCUCGAGCCAGCUGGCUCAGUCCAAACAACAGC